AUGAAAAAGAGUAUUUAUAUUAUUCUGUUGAUUUCGCUCUUGAUUUUAUAAUGCUUUAGUUUAAAGAUGAAAACUCACUAAGAGGCAGCAGCCGCUGGGGGUAAAACACCUGAGUAAAUUGAAGAGGAAGAAGAGCUGAGAAAGUAAAAAGAAGAAGAAGCCGCAAAAUUAAGGGAAGAACUUAAGACUGUAAUAGAUGAAGAGAAAAUGAAAGAAAUCAUGGCUACUGAACUAGAACCUGUUCAUGAAUAACUUAAAGAACAAAGUUCUAAAUUAGAUGAUAGUGUUAAAGAAAUCACUAAAGAUGUACACAAAUAAAUGAAAAAGAUGUCUAAGGAAUUAACUAAAAAUGUUGAUAAAAUGGCUAGACAUUUAAGUAAAAAAAUGACUGAUGUUAAAGAGAUUGUAGAAGAAAGUUAAGAAUCAAAUUAACAAUUGACAAUAAUUAUUUUGGAAUCUCAGUUAGAGGAACUGAAAAAUGAAUAAAUUAUUUUAGAAGAAGAAAUCGAUAAACUAAAACAAGAACUACCUCAAAUAUCUUCAGUUUGUGAUCAAUAUUUUAGCUGUAAUGAAUGCUCUAAAGACCCUAAAUGUGGUUGGUGUAAUAUGGAAUAAAAGUGUGUGGAAGGUGAUAACAUUGGUCCACUUUAUAUUACUUGUAAUUUUUAUAAUUAUAAUUAUUGUGCUGGUGCUGAGUGCUCUGCGUUCACUGAUUGCAAUAGUUGUUUGAGUAACUUAAACUGUGGUUGGUGCAAUGAUAAAAAAAGAUUUAUUGAAGGAUGCAUUUCAAGUGAUAAUCAUGGAUGUCCUGUUGAAGGCUGGUAUCACUAAGAAAAUGAAGACCUAAAUAUCUGUCCAAGCAAAAAGGCAUUCUUAGAUAAUGCUGAUAAGAGUUUAACUCCUGAAUAAAAAGAAGAGUAAGCUGAAAAUAAAGAAUUAUAAAACCUAAUUGAUGAUGAAAUAGAAUAGGAAAAAGAAGAAAGAGAAAAUGAAUAAGAAAACUAAACCCCUACUGAAAAAUAAAUUAUUUUUAAGAAGAAACAAAAGCAGCUUGAACAAAAAGAGAAAAGGUUAUCUAAGGUUAAAUAGACUAUUAAUGAGAUUGAAUCCAGGAUAGAAGAAAUAAGAAAGAAAUUCGAAGAAUAAAAGAAAGCUGAUGAAGAAGAAGAUGAAAAGCUUCCAGACUUAAAAUCUCCAGAAGAAUUUUUUGAUACACACGAAAAUAAAGAAACUAGCCUCUCUGACGGAGAAAAUGAUGGUGAAUAAUCAGAAGCUAAGGAUGUAGAUACUGAAGAAGAAGAAGAAACAGAAUCUGAAACUGAAGAAGAAAGUUCUGAAGACGAUAAAGAAAAAGAUGAAGAAUCAGAGGAGGAUAAAGAAGAAAAGUCUGAUAAUGAUGAAGAAGAAAAAGAUGAAGAAUCAAAAGAGAGUGAAAAUUCAGAUGAAGAAACUGAAGAAGAGAAAGAAUAAAAAGAAGAUGAUGACAAAGAAGAAGAAGAAAAAGAAGAUGAAGAAACUGAGAAAGAGGAAGAUAAAGAAGAUGGAGAAACUGAGAAAGAAGAAGAAAAAGAAUCAGAAGAGGAAAAAAAAGAUGACUCAGAUAAAACUACAUAAAUAAAUAUUGAGAAUGCAGAUGAAAAUUCUAAUAUAUCUGAUUUAUUAACAUUUGUUUAAAUAGGCAAUGGAAAAAUGGUUUUAAAGAAAAACUAAAAAUAUAGACCAAUAGUAUUAUAAAAAAGAAGUGUUAUUAAAAGAAAGCACAAAUUAAACAGUAGAUUACAUUAAAAAAGAGAAUAUUAAGUUUAAGUAUGA